AUGGAGGUAGAAGAGGGGAUACAUAACAAUUCGGUUAGAGUUGGGUACUAUGAUCCUUUUAAUCUCUAUGCAGCCAUUAAGAAAGAUCUAGAGAGUAAUCUACCCUUGUCCAACUUACACUGGAAAUUCCAUCCUUCAAAACCAUUAAAAUCAAUAGCUUCAUUACCUAUAAGUCUAAUUGAAGAAAUCCCAAACACUAAGACUGAAGAAUUAAACAAAAAUAUAAUUGAUGAUGUUUAUUUGAGAAUCAUGAUUGUUAAAAUCGAUAAUCUUGAAUUUUACAGAUCUCAAGUUAGACCUUUGAUCAAAGAAUGGCUAAAGAAACUUGUACUAGAAAGAAAAAUUGAAUGGAUGAUAGUUUUAUAUGUACCAUCAUCUGUGAAAGAUAAGAAUAGUACCCUUAUAAAGACAUCAAGCUUUGAUAAAUUGAAAGUUGAUUUUGGUUACAAUGGUAAAGAAUGGCAACAUAUAGCGAAAGUACCAGUAUAUAAGACAGAUGAUGAUUCAGCAAAAUUUAUCAAGAUUAAAGAACAAUCAUCAAAUGAAUCAGAAAAAUCAGAAUCAUAUACUGAUCUAACUUCAAAAUUAAAGGAAUUAUUAAUAUCAUCCUUCAACGAAAGAUUUCAAGAAUUUAAUCGUAGGUUAGCUCAACUGAAAGCAAGUCCGUUAGAGAAAUUCAUCAAUAACCUAAGUUUAGGAAAUUUAUUCAACGACAUGAGACUUUAUCAAGAUGCUUUGGAUAUUUUCCAGUCACUUAAGUCUGAAAGUUUACUUAAUGAAAAGCUCGAUUAUUCUAUAAAGGCAUUACCAAAAUCUUUUGAAAAUUAUAAAUUUUUCUGCUCUACCAAUCCAGCAUCAUGCUUUACUGAAGAUGCCAUUAAUCUAUUUCAAUUAAAGUUGCUGUUAUUUGCAGCGGAAUCUGGUUUGCUACAGAACUUGGCUAAUUCUGCAGUUUCGGUUUCCAUAUCUUCACUCUUUGUUAUCAAUUUAUUCCAAAAGUUAAUUUAUUAUGUCAAUGAUGUUUCCGACACAUUUAAAUCAGCCGAUUUAGAUGAAUUUAUUUUCUCAAUUGUUGAUAGUUUCAUUGAGCUCCCAAUAUAUCAAAGACUUAUCGAAAUACUUAAUGAUACUGAUGACGAUACUAUAUCCUUAAAUGAUAUUUAUGAAUUCAGAGGUGAAUUAAAAUUGCUGCAGAGAACAGCAUUAAUCAAUUUAGCAUCAAAGAGAGGCUUUAAUUUACAAUUGACAGGACAAUUUGAAGAUGUUUCUCUAACUGAUGACCAAAACAUAGAUAAACCGGUAAAAGAACUCCAACUAACUAAUAGAAAGUUGUUAAAGGCCUUAUCUCUGGAGAAUGAAUUUCAAGAUUACUUUGAGAAUAUAACGGAAUCAACCAUCCAAGAGUUUAGUAAAUGCUCCCGUUUAAAGUCAAUUGACAUAUUAAGUAUUGACUUGGCAUUAUUGAAAUACCAGCGAGGUGAUUAUGAAGAGGCUUUAAACAUCAUUGAAGAAUCCUUUGAUGUCUAUAUUUCCAAUGGAUGGAGCUUUAUGGGUAGUUUUCUAUUGGAUGUUUAUCUUCAAUGUUUACUUAAGGUUGAACUGUCAGACUCACAAAGAAAGAUAUUCACUGGUCUUAAAUUGAUUUCUUGCUUAAAAGUGGGUACUGCUGGUCAAGUUGGAAUCAACAAUUACUCAUUAUUAAUGAAUCCAGAGAAAGUUGAAAGUUUAUUUCAAAGUAUAAAGGAUACCUGUCUUGAACAAGAUGAGUUAAUCGAUUACCCACUUGAUGCUCUUUUUGAAAUUGAAUUAUACCCUUACAUCGAGGCAGAUGAUUCAUGUUCUGCGUCGAAAUACUAUCUUGAAGUUAUGAUUGUGAAUAAAUUCGAAAUCCCAUUUGACUUUGAAGAAAUCAAUGUUCAUUUGGAUGGAGAAGAAUAUGACGAUCAACUUUCUUUCAACGUUACAAACAUUACACUUGAGCCUAAAAAGAGUCAGAAGAUAAAGGUAUAUUCUAAUUUUUUCAAGCUGGGGAUUUUCACACCAACAAGAGUUACAGUUAGGAUAAAUGAAAAUCUAGAACUUCUGCAAGAAUUUGGAUCAGUGGGAGUAUCUGAUGAUCCAAACCAUACAGUUAUACACUUUGGAGAUCCCUCGAUUAAGCCAUUGGCGAAAUUUAGAAAUCUUCCGCAACUACUUUACUAUCAAAAUAUGGAUAAGUUGUGGUGUGAGUUUCUAAAUAGUAAGGAAAUAAAAUUAGGUACUACCAGUGCAGUUCUACGUAUCCAUAAUGGGAAGACAAAGCUCAAAAACUUGAGGGUUGACCUUGUUCCUAGGACAGAAGGAUUGAAUUUGGAACUAAACGGAGUUGAUCUUGACAUAAAAGAAAUAGGUCCAGGUCAGCUGUAUGAUAUCGAAUUUCCUUUGAAAUACUUCAGUGAUAAUAAGGUAGUUGUUAUCGGUGCUACUAUAAAGUAUAAUAUUAAGUCCGAGAUAUACAGUCACUCGUUGACUGCUAGUUUGGAUACUACAUUAACUAUGGCGGUUUCGGUUCAAGAUAUAUUUAGACCACAUUUUAUUUAUUCCAAUUUUCUGGUUGGAACUUCAUCUCCUAAAUAUCCAAUCAGACUCAUUUCUAGUUUGUUGACUACUUCAAAUGAAAAUUAUACAAUCGAAAAGCCCAAGAAACUGUUGUCCGCAUUGAUAGCUUUCGGCGAACAACCAGCCGGUUUGUUCUUUAAAAUCAUCCCCAAACCCGGUUAUUCUAUAACUGCAACUGAUACAUUUGAUUUAAUUCUUGAGUAUUCCAAUUUAAGAAGUGAGUGCUCCACAAUUGUUCAAAAUCAAAUUACAGAGAGGUUAAAAGAGUUGGGAUUAUUGAAGUAUUGGCACUUGAUGAAAGUUCAAGCUAUUGAUAAAUUAAAAUAUGAUUUAAACAAUUAUGGAAUUAAUAAGUUUAUUCAAAUACUUAAUGGUAAAGAGCUAUUCAUUUUAAUUGAAAAUAUAAUAUUGAAACAUGUUCAAUUAAAAUCUGAUCAAAUUCUAUUACUCGAUUUAUUCAGCAAGAUAGUUGAUGAACACAUUGAUGUCGAAGAGCUUCUGUUAGAAGAUUUAACCCAAGAGCUACACAUUUCAGUAGCAAUUCCAUAUUUGAAACACUUGCAUAUAGUGGAAGCCAAGUAUGAAAGGAAACAAAAGUAUAUCGUUGGAGAGCCAAUCUCUGUCAAACUCCUUAUUCAAACUGAAACCAAAUGGUAUAAUGAUGAAUUUGACAAAAGCCCCAAGGAUAAUGGAUUGGCGCUUGCCGAAUCAUCCCCAUCCCCAAGUACAUCAGCCUCCGAGAGCCUGCAUAGAGAAAACUUCCAGUUACUGAUUCAAAAUGAUGAUGGUUGGCUCAUUUCCGGUUUCAAAAAGUACCUGUUUGAUUUGACUCCAUAUAAUCGUGAACAAAUUCAUGAAAUCGAUUUAGUAAUAAUCCCAUUGACGGUUGGAAAAGUCUUACUUCCAAGAUGUGUGAUAAAAGGUUCACAAUCUAAUACUGAAGAUGACCUUGAUACUCUUUUCAAAAAUGGACAAGAAACACUUCUUGUCGUUCCACAAUUGGAUAGUAUUACGUUCUCAUUCUAA